CUAAUCAUUAUAAUUUUUUUAAUAUUAAAUAAUUCAGUGGUUUUUUCCCACAUCCCUUUUAAAGCCCUAUAAAUAGACACAAAAGCAAAAUGAUCCGUUUAAAACAUUGUUGCUAGAAAACAUUGUUACUCGAAAUUACAGGCUCAAUUUGAAUAUACGCUUGAGCCUUGAGGCAUCAUGGGAAAACAAAAUCGAUCCAUGGAACGGAGACAGAGAAGAUAUAAGGAGAUAGCCGAAGCCCGUGCUAUACCAUACUCUGAAGCGGACAGAUGGUGGUCUACAGAUACACUGGCAGUAGUAACUGGAAGUAAUAGAGGUAUUGGAUUUGAGAUUGUUCAACAACUUGCUAAGCAUGGCCUGGCUGUUGUUCUCACUUCAAGGGAUAGUGAUAAAGGACAGGAAGUGGUUGCAUCUUUACAGAAACAGGGAUUAAAUGUGGUUUUCCAUCAAUUAGAUAUAGUGGAUACAAAUUCUGUAAAUCAGUUUGCCAAAUGGGUUGAAGAAAAUUUUGGCGGCAUUGAUAUUCUGGUGAAUAAUGCAGGUGCCAAUUUUAAUACUGGCUCAAGCAACUCAGUUGAGCAUGCACAAACUGUGAUAUAUACAAAUUACUAUGGUUCCAAACGGAUGAUAGAGUCCAUGCUUCCUCUAAUGAGAUCAUCAGCAUCUGGUGCCCGAAUUCUGAAUGUUGGCUCCCGACUGGGCAGGAUAAAUGGAAGGCGGAAUAAAAUUGGUGACGAGCUGCUAAGGAAUCAACUUGAAGACGAGGAACAUCUUACAGAAGAACUCAUUGAUAAUACCGUUGAAAGAUUUUUGGAACAAGUGAAAGAAGGGACGUGGAUCUCUGGUGGAUGGCCACAAAAUUUUACAGACUAUUCAGUCUCAAAACUAGCUGUCAAUUCUUAUACUCGUUUGCUUUCAAGGAGGCUUUCAGAUCGCCCUGCAGGUUCAAAGAUAUAUGCCAACUGCUACUGUCCAGGCUGGGUCAAGACCGAUAUGACGGGUGGGGAAGGUAUCGCAACUGCAGAUGAAGGUGCAGAUACAGGAGUAUGGACAGUCUUACUUCCUCCAGAGUCACCUACAGGAAAGUUUUUUGCUGAAAGGCGUGAAAUACGCUACUGAGAUGACAAAUCCUAAUCCAUGUGCUUCUAACAAUCAGGUAAAGUUUUAAGGAUUCUCAUUGCUCUGAACCAAAUUGGCAGUUAAAUUCCCAAUUUACUGUUGUGGUACAUGCAAUAUAAGGUGGAAAUUAUUAAAUUGCAACUGUGAUUUAUUUUGAAUUUGAGUCAGUGACAUGCACAUAUGAAAUGCAUGGUAGCUGAGAAGUCCACUUAUAUAAGCAGUUGGAUUGCUCUCGAAUCAGUACUAGGCAUUGGGAGCCUAAAGAGGGUUGUGAAUUAUGUGUGAAGUAAAUUUUUAAGGAAUCUCGUUGAACCAAAAUGGCAGUUAAAUUCCAAUUUACUGUUGUGAUAGAUAAAUUAUUAAAUUGCAACUGUGAUUUAUUUUGAA